CACCGUGGGGGCAUAUUCCGUCGGUGCCGUGGCGGCGGCGCGGCGGAAUGUGCCACGCGGCUGCGACGGAAUAUUUGGCCUCCUCCCUCCCCACGGUAAAAUAACUUAGGGCACGAGGAAGCCCGGGCAGAGGAGUGGCGUGAUUGAUUCAAAGCUGGCGUUCCACCAGGCAAUGUCGAGCCUGCUCGGCGAUGGCAUCGUGAUUCCCUUGCAGCAGCCACCGUCCAUCGCUGUGGGCGGCGGCAUUCUCGAUGGAGGCGGCGGCGGUGGUGGUGGAGGAGGAGGAGCUGCGAUGAUGAGGGGCGGGCGGAGGAAGGAGGAGCGGAUCCCACAGUGGGGAUUCCACGAGACGAAGGAAUUCAUUGCAAUUAGGGCCGAGUUUGAGAGGGAGUUCACGCAGACCAAGCGCAACAAGACGCUGUGGGAGCUCAUUGCCGGGCGGAUGAAGGACAAGGGCUUCCGCCGGAGCGCCGAUCAGUGCAAGUGCAAGUGGAAGAACCUCGUCAAUCGCUACAAGGGAAAGGAGAUAUCCGAGCCCGACAAUGGGAGGCAAUGCCCGUUCUACGAGGAGCUCGACGCCAUCUUCAAGGAGCGGUCCAAGAGCAUGCUCAUGCUCGAGUCCGACGGCUUGAGGCCCAAGAAGCGUCUCAAGAAGCUCAAAGGCCUGCUGUCCGACGAGGAAACCGACGACGAAGAUGACGAUGAAGAGAGCGACGACGACAACAGGAACUUGCAGCAGCUCCAGCCAUUCCAGCACCACCAUCAAGAGCAGCAGCAGCAGCAGCAGCAGCAACAACAUCAGCUCCAGCAGCAAAUCCAAGUAGCAGCAGCAAGCCAGUCGCAGCAGCAGCAGCAGCAACAGCAGCGGCCGAGGAAGCGCAAAGUUGACAAGGACAGGCAGCGAGCCACCGCCGAGAAGUCGAGGGCGAGCAGCAUGCAAGAGGUGCUGGAGGAGUUUUUCCAGCAGCAGCAGCGCAACGAGGAGCAGUGGCGGGUGUCGCUGGAGCAGCGGGAGAUGGAGAGGCGAGCCCGCGAGCACGAGUGGCGGGAGUGCAUGGAGAAGCUGGAGCAGGAGCGCGCGCUGCGGGAGCAGGCGUGGUGGGAACGCGAAGAACAGCGGCGACUGCGGGACGAGGUACGGUCCCGGAAGCGAGACGAGCUGGUCGAAGCUGUGCUGAGAAAGGUGAUACGCGACGACUGCUGAUCCCGGACCAAACUUCUCUGUAUUUUUUUCCUCUGCUGAAAGAGCUGUAACUUCUUCGAGCCCCACUUGACGAGACUUCCAUGUCAUAGCUUCGCUUUCUUUCUUCGGGGUCGGAGGGAGCCACGGAUACUUUUUGACUCCGCCCGAAAAGAUAUGCUUCCCUGACAGAUUUUUCCGCGUUGGUGACCUGCGAUGAGUUGUUCCAGCUCAAGCCCGCAUGUAUAGACUUUUGCAAUGUACGAAGAACAGGAGAAAAGAUAGAAAAAAAUACCUUUUCUGCUUUGA